AUGAUUCCACUCCCUGGAGCAGGAAAAAAGAAAAAAAAGGGAAUUUUCAGUAAGUUGUUUGGUAAAAAGAAAGAAGAAACAACUGUUCUUACUGUUCAACAAGGUACUCAUAUGACGUAUGAUGAGAAAGCUGGAAUUACUGGAUAUCCACCACAGUGGGAAGCAUUUAUUAAGGGAUCAGGUCUUAUUAAAGAAGAAAUUGAAGAAAUUAAAACAGAUAAAGAACAAAAUGCUGCAUUUGAAGAUGUUUUGAAAUUCCAUUUGAAAACUGAACCACAAAUAUUAAAUCAAAUUUUACCUUCUAAAACAUCAGAACAAAAUGUUGAAGAGGAAGAUGAUACUGCUGAAAUGCCAGAUAUUCAAGAUCCAGAAGAAGUAUUACCAGAGAAAGAAAGUGACUUAACAUUAGAAGAUUUAGCAGAAGAAGGAUUACCAGAAGACUUUUAUGAAAACUUUAGUAAAAUUGGAGAAGGUGCUGCAGGAGAAGUAUUUGUUGCACAAAAUAAACAAACUGGAAAAGAUAUGGCAUUAAAGAAAUGUAUUAUUACAUCGAAAAAUGAGAAAAGUUUAAUUAAUGAAAUUGAAAUUAUGAAAAAUUGUAAACAUCCUAAUAUUGUUUCUUUCUUUGGGUCUUAUCUUGAAGAAGGGUAUGUUUGGGUUGUUAUGGAAUUUAUGGACUCUGGAUGUUUGACAGAAGUAUUAACAGAAUAUGAAAAUGGAUUCAAAAUGACAGAACCUCAAAUGGCUUAUGUUCUUAGAGAAGUAAUGAAAGGGCUAUUAUAUUUACAUCAACGACACAAAAUUCAUAGAGACAUUAAAUCAGAUAAUAUUUUAAUUUCCUCUGAUGGAAGUGUGAAAAUAGGUGAUUUUGGAUAUGCAGCACAAUUAACCUCUCAAAGAGAUAAGAGGAAUUCUAUUGUAGGAACACCUUAUUGGAUGGCACCAGAAGUUAUUAGAAACAAAUUGUAUGAUGCUAAAGCAGAUAUCUGGUCUAUAGGAAUUAUGAUAAUGGAAAUGACUGAAGGAGAUCCACCUUAUAUGGAAUUACCACCAUUAAGAGCAUUAUUCUUAAUUACUACUAAAGGUAUUCCACCACUAAAAGAACGUGAUUCUUGGUCACCUGAUCUAGUUAAAUUGGUAGAGAGUUGUUUAAUGAAAGAUCCAAAUCAAAGACCUACCUCAGAACAAAUAUUAGAAUCUCCAUUUAUUGCAACUGCUUGCAAGAAAGAAGAAUUUGCUCGUGUUGUUGCUGAAACCCAUAAAUGA